AAGGUGUCCGAAGUGAAAGGAUCUAGAAAUAAGCUCCGCUGUUAAGAGAGAGAGAAAAAAAAGAAAAGUUUACAGAUUAAAAAUUGAAAGAGAAGCAAAAAUUUUUAAAGACAUCAUGUCAUUAAUGAAAAAUUCAAGGACAUUACAAAGGCAAUGAAGUCUAUCCCAGUGAAGUCAAACUGCUUGCUAUUAGACCUAUAGGAUAAGCAGCUGCAUAGUGUCCUUAGAUCAUACAGUUCAAGUAGCAAGAUUAAGGUAUUUUCACUUCUAAUUUCUGAAGAUAAGAUAUAAUUCAAGACAGAAUCAUCAAUUCUGCAAGUGAUUUUAAAGUUAUCUUCUAAACAAAGGUGUUAUAUUACAUAAGGACAUCAAUAUUGUGGGAUUAAUGUAUAGAAUUUUUAUAUUUAUAAAAAUUCUCUAAAUAAUAAAAAUAAAAAUAUUGUUUUUGAAAAAUUUUAAUACAAGAGCAUAUAUAUCAGCUUGAAGUGCAAAAUAAUCAGGCAUUGCUUUAACUGCUUUUUAGCAGUCAAAAUGCCAUUGUUUGGAAAAUCCCAAAAAGGUCCUUAUGAGCUUGUUAAAGCUCUGAAAGAGGCUGUUCUUGUUUUAGAAAAAGGAGAUAAAAAAGCUGAAAAGGCUCAGGAAGAUGUAUCAAAGAAUCUAGUACUGAUGAAAAAUAUGCUUUAUGGUACGAGCGAUCAAGAACCUCAGACUGAUAUAGUUGUUGCACAAUUAGCUCAGGAAUUAUAUAAUUCUAAUUUGCUAUUGUUGUUCAUCCAAAAUCUAUCAAAAAUUGAUUUUGAGGGUAAAAAGGAUGUUGCCCAGAUUUUCAAUAAUAUCUUACGAAGACAGAUAGGGACCCGAUCUCCCACUGUGGAGUAUAUUUGUACAAAGCCAGAGAUUCUUUUUACUUUGAUGAGAGGAUACGAGAAGCAGGAGAUUGCUUUGAACUGUGGUACCAUGUUACGCGAAUGCGCUCGUUACGAGGCACUGGCCAAAAUCAUGCUUUAUUCUGAUGAUUUUUAUAAUUUUUUUAAAUAUGUUGAAGUUUCGACAUUCGAUAUCGCUUCUGAUGCCUUUUCGACUUUCAAAGAACUUCUGACUCGUCAUAAAAUACUCUGUGCAGAAUUUUUAGAAAAUAAUUAUGAUAAAGUAUUUAGUCAUUAUCAGCAAUUGUUGAAUUCAGAAAACUAUGUUACUAGAAGACAGUCAUUAAAGUUACUGGGAGAAUUACUUUUGGAUCGUCACAAUUUUACCAUCAUGACUCGUUACAUCAGUAAUCCAGAAAAUCUGAAGUUGAUGAUGAAUAUGUUAAAAGAAAAAAGUAGAAAUAUACAGUUUGAAGCAUUUCAUGUAUUUAAGGUGUUCGUUGCAAAUCCAAAUAAACCAAAACCUAUUCUGGAUAUUCUGCUCCGCAACAAAGAGAAGUUAGUGGAUUUUCUUACUAAAUUUCACACUGACCGAUCCGACGAUGAGCAGUUUAAUGACGAAAAGGCUUAUUUGAUUAAACAAAUCAAAGAAUUAAAACCCCAUGAAGAGCACUAGCAUUUGUUUCCCCCUGGGUUCUAUUAAUAUAAAAAGGAGGUGUAAAACACAGACAUUAUAUAUAGAGAUGUCCUAUGGGCUACCCAAUCAAACUGCAAUUUGGUCCCAAAAUGGUGCAAAAUAAUGCCAAAGUAAAUUAGGUGAUGCCUCACUAAGCUUUUUUCCCCCUUCGAGCUCGAAUCACCUAUACAUAGUUGGCACAUAUGCCAAUGCACGCCGUGCAUUUCUCGGUUCUGCUGACUUGUGUUUGACAAUUCAGACCGACUAGAAUUAAGCACUUAAAAUUGUAAUAAUAAAAUUUCUGUCAUAAAUAUCAAUGAGGUAACAUAACAGAAGGUAAAAUGCUCAAAAUUGUAAAAUAUUACUGUAAAAAGGCAUUAAUGGCGGCAUUGCAUCUUCAAAGUCUGCUAUAUUCUGGCAAGAAUCUUGAAAAUGAACUCCACCUGUAAAAUGUUAAAAUAUUAUAGCUUAAAAUAAUAAACUAGUUUUUCUAAUAUAAUUAUUUUUGUUGUCUAAUAUUUCUAAGAAAAGAGAGAGUAUAUAUAAAUUAUAUAUAUAUAUAAAACUAAAACAACCUUGAAGACUUUCCUUCAAAAUAGUUAUUUUUCCCUUUAAUUUGAUUAUUAAAAUAUUGGUGCACAAUUCUAGUUUACUGAAUUAUUAUUUAACUUUAGAAAAUAGCAAGAGAUUACUAAACAGUGUUUUGUAAAAAAACAAAAAAAUAAAGCACAUCUUUUGUGAUAUAGAGUGGCUUUUAGAUUAUGAAAUCUGGCAGUUGAUUGUGUCUGGAAGCAUAUUUUUGUUAUCUUAACCAAGCAUUUAACGGAAUACAUCAAUGGGGAAAAUAGUAAAACUAGUUAGUUGUUUGUCUGGAAAUUUUUUCUUUUGCUUUUAAUAGUUAAUAUUUACGUUUCGGAAAUUAUAUAAAAUAUGCUUGUUCGGUUUUGUAUACAUGUUUUUUUAUACUUUUCCCACUAAAACUCUUGCCUAUUGUUUUUUGUUAGUAUUUUGGUACAUAUCUGUAUAUUGCACUUUUAUUUCAAUCUAGAAUUGUUUUAGUAAUGUUCUAAAUGUUAGUAUUUUUGUAUCGUGCACGAUAAAAUGUUAUCUUACCAUAAAAACGUAAUAGAUAAUACAAUAAAAUGUAACCCGAUCCGGAAGUCUAACCAUUAUUAUAGAUUCAGUGACUUGUAAAUCAAAUAAAUAUAAAUAAAAUAUAUAUAUAUAUAUAUUUUUUAACUUAAUAGAGCAAUAAAUUGUUUUCUUCAUAAAACAAAUUCCUGUAAUUAAAAAAAAAUGCCAGCAAAUAUGUAUAGGAUUUCCUUAAUUUACUUGUGAAAUAUUGCAUGUGUAAAUAAAUUUUGGAAAAUAAAAACUGAUUUUUUUUUA